AUGAGUGCUACGAAGGAAGCUGGCAAUUUAUCGCAAUCCGCUUUAAGCUACCUCCAAUCACUUGGCAAAGCAACAAAAGCUUUGCGCGAAAGCCAGCCAGAAGAUCGGAAGAGCACAAGCGGUCAGCAUGCGUCUAUCGAGUCUCGACUCUCCAGCGGACGCGGCUCUUUGUCUUCGAUGAUCUCACAACUGAGAAACAGAACUAGGCAUGAAUCGACAAUCGAGGAAUCUGAAGACGACAAAGAUAUGUCUGGACAUAGUAGCCGCGACUCUGAUGAAACACCAUCUAUCGAUAGUCAUUCCAGCGCUGAUGGCGAAAGAAUAGUUUUUGACUUCCCCUACGAUACGAAUAAGGAAGAUGACAACGAAAGCGGCGAGCACUCCGAGCAAUUACCAGAUUUGCUGAACAAAAGGAAAAGUAUCCACGACAUCCGCGAAUUACGAUCUUCUAUCGAUCAUUCUCUCAUAAAACCUCCGAAAGUACAGAAACAGAAAACGAAACGAAGUCUUAGCACUAGUUCCAACAAGGAAGACGCUGAUUCUGAGCAUUUGUUGGAAGUGGAAGAAGAACCAAAGGAGAUCAAAGUGAAUCUCAAUCCUGUCAAGAAGAAAAGCCCAUUCCGUCCUGCAGUCGAAAGUGGUAGCGACCUUGAGUCGAUUGAUUUUGAGGAGGAUACAUCACCGGUUAAGACAGUACACUUCAAAGAAGCAAAGCCGGCAACUCCACCUUCAUCUAGUUCACAAACUUCAACGUCUCGUACCUCCAGCUCAUCUCAUUCCACGUCCACUUCAACAUCUAGCAGCUCCAGCUCUUCUUCAAAAUCUAAAAGCAGCUCUGCCUCUACCUCUUCUAAGUCUUCCACGGUGAAGAGUGUAUCACAAAAAUCAUCGACAGAGGAGGAAACGCCACGACCGCAGAGCAAGAAAAAAGAAAGAAGAAGCUCGGAAAGUAGUACACAGGGCAGACGAGGUUCCAAAAGCACAAAAGCGCGAUAUAGCGGCUCUGAUGAUUUCGAAUCCGAUAGCGAGCAAGCUACUAUUGAUGAAAGAAUCGAACAGAAAAGCAGUAAGGAUAAGAAAGAGUCGAAAAAGUGGAUGAGCAAGAAGUUUUGCUCCACAAACCUGCACCACGUUACAAGCGAUGUGCUCAAAACGCAUAUGCAACUUCUGAAAGAUUUCAAUCGCAUGGAAUUCUCCUCAUUGCAAGAGUGGAAUGCCAUUUUGGAUGAUAUACGACGAAAGUACGAAGGUCCGUCCACGAAACGUCUUGAAGAGGUGGUGGAAAAGCGAGUGAAGCGAAUAAGUGGUGACAUGCUGAGGGACGCCUUGCCAUUGUAA